UAGUCAUAAUUUGUGUAUAUAAAGAAGGCAAUUUUUCUUAACAAAAUCAUUCCUGCAGUUUAAGUUGUUCAAUCAACAUAUCAGAAAAACAUCGUGAAAUUCAAGUGCGCUUAAAAAAUCUCGUUUUAAAAAAAUCGCUAUAGUUAAAAGUGCAAUUUUAGUCUGAUCGGAGUUAAUCAUUGUAGUGAAAAAAAUUGACAGUUUCAAUACAAGUGAUAAAAAUGAAUUUGGAUAAAUUAAAUGCAGCAAUUAAAGUUAUGGAAACUGAUAAAACCUCUAACUAUUGUAAAGAUUUUGUGAAAAUUAUGAACAAUGCUUUUAAAACAUUAAGUAAAAAAACUACAACAGAGGAAUUAAAUUUUUGGAUAAAUAAUAGUGUAAAAAACAUUAGAUUACUGAAUAAAUUGUUAAGAAAUAGAUCUGUGUCAUGUGGAGAGAAAAAAAAGAUUUUGUCAACUAUUGGACUAUUGAAAGCAAAUAGCAGAAAGUUUAAGAAACUAAGAAGAACAGGAACUGGUUUAUUUAAAAAGGAUGAGAGAUGGAUCAGGUGGGAAGAAUUAGAGAAUGCUUUCGAGAAUAGAAUUAGAACAGGUGUUGUUAUUAAUUUAAAACAUAAAAAUAUGGACAGUUUUCUCAGUGAUGCAAAGAAAAUGAUUAUUUCUCGAUUAAAAAAUGCAUUUAAAAAGGUGGGAAACAUGAAAGUUAAUGUUGUUCUUGCGGCAAAUUAUACUGUUUUAGAAGAAGGUGAGGAAAUUGAUGAUAUUAAAUAUUUCAAUACUAGAAAUUCAAAAAUUUUAGAAUCAACGAACUUUGAUGAAUGGUUUGAUCAUAAAAUUCGUGAAAAACUUUUUGUUAAGAUUGAUGAUUUUCAACAAAAAAAGUCAGGUUUAAGAUCAAAACUCUAUGCAUUCAAGUUAUGGGGUGAUGAGGAAGCUAAAAAGAAAGCAAAAGGGGUAAAAUAUUCAACUUUAAAAAAAAUAGGUUUCGAUGAUUUUAAGCAUACUCUCAAUGAAAAUGAAAACCUGAUCCGAUCUCAGCACUUUAUACGCAGCAAAAAACAUGAAGUAUUUACUGUCAAACAAAAUAAAAUUGCUCUAAGUUGGCAGGAUGAUAAAAGAAUUUUGAUACCAGGGAAAACUGACACCUUUCCUUGGGGUUACCAACAGCAUGAGCCAAUGGAAAUAGAUGAAAUUGAUGUAUAAAAUGUAAAUAUUUAUUUAAAAUGUAGUUUGUAUUAGUUCUCUACUAUUCGCUUUAUACAAUUUUUACAAUAAAU